UGUUAGACCCCAUUUGUCAGAGCUUCCUUGUCCUUCCCUGUCAGGUCACUCCCUUUGCUGCAGAAGCCCUUAAUUCUAAGCCAAUAGAGGGUUCCCCAGAACCAGCAUGGGGGUGGUCUGGUCCUUUCACCCCGGACUCCUAGCAGUCAAGGCCUAGGUUGUAGCAGUGACCCUUGGCAUAAUCUGGAGUUGUGGGAAACGAUCUGGUCUGGCCUUCCCAUUUUACAAGUGAAGAAACUGAGGCCCAGCGAUGCCAUGACUCAAACAAGGUCACAAAUAGAGCUCCUCCCAUUGUAUCAUUGGUGCUUCCUCUACCACAAGGGGAGAGGAGAUUUAGUGGAAGCAGAUUUGGACUGGGAGUCGGACAGCCCGGGCUCAAACCCGAGUUUUGUUAUGUGCUCCUGGAGUGACCUUGUGGAAGUUCUCCCUGCCUCAGUUCCCUCAUCUGUGAGGAAGGGUCUGGACAAGAUCUAGGACUCAGGAGCUGACCCCCUUCUUUAUUUGUAAGGGGCUCAGCACGGUGCCUGGUACAUCGUAGGCGCUAUAUAAAUGCUUGUUUCUUUCCCCUUCCUCCAUUCCACCUUCACACUCUCAUCCUCGCUCCUGAGCAUCUCUCAGUCUCCACGGCCAGGCACGGCCCCUCCGGCUCAGGCCCGGAAGGGGUUAGUCCCGGGCCUCGGACCUGCCCGCCCCACACUCAAACCCCCGGAAAGGCGUGGGAGGGGGCGGCCGGAACUUCCCUGCUCUGUCAGAAGUCGGAGCAGGGUUUGCUUUUGCUGCUGUCCCUGCGUCAAGGAAGAGGGGGUGCUGCGUGGGCCCCCUGCAUCUCCCCGCCUUGCCCUUCGCGGGCCAUGGCUUCCGACCUCUCGUAGCGGUAGAGCCAAGAUCCGAGGGCCGCGCAGUGCCCCCUCCACCCCCUGUUGUAAGUUGAGGGAGGCCCCGCCCUCCUGGGGACCUGACCCGGGCCCCACCGAAGGUUGGGGGGGCGGGGCUGGAUUCCUGGAGCCUGUGGGUGGUCAGGCUAAAGGGGGGGAGGGGGGACUGGGGACUGGGUGCGGUUCGCAUUACAAUGGAGUUCCCUGCAGGGUCCCCACGAGGAGCUCCCCACCCCAAGUGUGGCUCGGCCAGCCCCGGGGGGCAGUCACCCCCCAGGUCGUGGGACGCCCGGAAAGCUAGGCUGUCCUGGGGUCUGCAGGCAUCCUGUUGCUGUCACCGCGAGGCUGCGGAAAGCGAGGCUGGCCCGCACUGCGGGAGGCUGCGCUCUCCCCGGCUGCGGGGCGGGGCCGCAGCCUGCCCCGCUGCCCCUCCCCGCGGGCCGGGGGCGGGCGCUGGCCCGGGCCAAUGAACGGGGCCGCCCGCCUGAGUGACGGGAGCCCCCCGCCCCUGGCCCGCAGUCAAGCGCUGCCUCCGCCCCCUCUGUCCAGCUCCUGCCUUCGCCUCCCCUUUUUCUCGCUGCUUCCUCUCCAUCGGCAUCUCGCUGCCUCUGCUCCGCUGCCCGCGCUGCUCCCGCUCGGCCUCGUGGGCCGCCGCUGGCCGCAGCCUCCCUUCGGCCACCCCGCCACGCCGUUCUUCGUCUCCCUCGCCUCCGUCCUGCCCGCCCUGCCUCCGCUGCCGGCUUUCCCGCAGUCCCCAUUCAUUGUCCCCUGCCUCGCCUGUCCCCGUUCCCUGCCUCCAUCUCUGUGGCGGGGGGCCCCUGCCUCGCCGUCCCCGGCUCUCCACCACCCUCCUUCCCUCCCCCAUCCCGUCUUCCUGGACUGGGAUUUCUGCAGUCUCCCCUGUCCCAUCCACCCUCACCCUUCUGCUGCUUUCUCUGUGGGAAUCUGGGAGAGGGCUGGGGUCCCAGCCCUGAGGGGGCUCCUGCAAACGGGAUCAGAGGUCAUUUGGUCCAUCCCUCUGCCUUCAAGCUGCGCCAGUCCUGGACAGAAUUGGUUUCUUAGAGUUCUUCAGAGCGAGAGAAACUCAAAGCAGGUGAGCAGGAGAAUCCUGAAGUUAGUGGCUUCUGGGAGAGGCCAGGCCCACUGACUCCAAACCCCGUGCUUCCUCUACACUAGCCAUGGACCGCAAAGCCUUCGGAUGGAGUGGGCAAGAAGUGUGGCCAGAUUGGGAACUUGGAUAUGUUAUCCCACACACUGGAUGGAGGAGGGAGUGGCUUUGGGAGGAGUCAAGGGUAGGAAUUGGGGUAAGUGGGUCAAAAGGGCUAUGUAGUAGAUAGCAUGGUGGAUUUGGAAUUAGGAAGACUUAGAACACUUUUUUUUAUUUGAUUUAAUUUUUUACUAGCAUGGCACCUCAGUUUCCUCAUCUGUAAAGUGGGGAUGAUGAUACCUGUAUUAUAGGGUUUUAACGUAUACAAAGUGCUUUGAAAAUUUUACAUGAUUGUAUCGUUAUUAUCUUUCAGGAGGACCUGACGACAUCUUGUUCUCAGUGGUCUCGCCCAAAAAGAUUGUUCCUGGGGUAAACCACUCAGUGCUUUAUUUCUGCCAGUAAAAUAUUAAUAUACACAUCA